AUGCGGGGCCACGAACAGCAGCAAGAUGACCGCGACAACGAGGAGGCAGACGGCAGCAGCAGCAGGGAACUGCGGCAUCGCGCCGCCUCCUCGGCGGCCGCGGCCCCGGAAGCGGGGCGUCUCCACGGAGAGAGGGGGAGGAGAUGCCACUCGAGCGCGGACGUUCACCGGCCGGACGUGAGCGCCCUGUCCGUGGAGAUAGCCGUGGCCACGGUGCAGAACAAUCAGCGGCAGCAGAGGCAGCAACGCGAGCAGCACAACGCCGCCCAGAACGAGCACCACGUUCCGGCGGGACUGAUGACUGGAGUAGGGACAGCGGCAGCAGCAGCAGCUGGAGCGGGCAGCAGGAAAGCCCCCCACAGACGAGCGAGUUCUCUGGUCUCGCGUGUGUUCGGCGGGAGUGCGGGCAGCAGCGCGGCGAGGGAGUAUCGGGCGGCGUCGAUGGAGGAGCGGCACGGUAGGGGCUCUUCCAGCACCGACAGAGCGAGCUCGACAGACCCAAAGCACGACGGCGACGAGGAAAAGCGGGCAGAGCAGUGGAGAGACGAGGAAGAGGAAGAGGAGGAGGAGGAGGAAGACUCCCAGCACCAGCACGUCGUUCGACGCCACGAGCCCCAGCGCUCGGUGCCCAGCGUCGUCGAUCUCUUCCGGCUCGAGCCCUCUAGCUUCACCCAGCCUACUACGCCCGCGGCCGCUCUCCCUUCUCCCUUGGUCGCCGGACGUACCCCUCCCGCUGUUGCUGCUUCCCUCUCUGCGGAAGAUCUUGCCGCAUCCCUCCAGGCCUUCUCUGUAGGGCAGCACCAGCAGCAGCAGACGUCACCAGCUGCUCGCUACGCGCCCUCCACUCCGCCCCCGUCAGCGUACCGAGACGAGAGCGCGGCAACGGUUGCACCUUCGCCAAUACCACCAGACGGAUCGAAUCACCACCACGCGACCGGCGUGAGCAGGAGAGGAGGCAGCGGCGGCGACGAUGCACGUUCUUCCGCUUCUCCCCGGGGUAGAAGCAGCGACGACGGAAGGUACCAGCCGCACCAGGGCGGGGAGCAGCAACAGCAGGGCGUGCUACCGCCGCCGCCGCCGCUGGAGGACUGCACGGCGGUGCCGGGGGGGGUCACGGCCCGCGACAAGGAGCAGCGGCAGCUCCUGUACGGCGGCGUGGUGACUUAUCCCCUCCGGGGGGGUGGCGAUGAUGAUGAUGAUGAUGAUGAUGAUGCCGAGGGCGAAGAGGACGACGACGCGCUCGGCGCCUUGCAACAGCAGCAGCAGGAGGAGCUCAGCUUUGCCCGCCACCUGAGGGAGGCUUCCACCAAUACGGUGGACGCCGGAAGGGAGGGUCGGAUGGCGUACGGCGGCGGCGCGGCGGCGGACUGGGGCGCGGGGCGACCAGACGGGUACCACUUGCGACAGAGGGAGGGAGGAGACACGACCUCGUUGGAUGCCUUAGAGGCGGGCGGUGUAGCUCGCCAUCACCGAGGGAGCAGCGAAACAAUGAAGACCAUGUCGCGCUCGGGGACCCCGAGCUCUCGGUGUGGAACUCCGGGCAGCUCCGCAGGCGGCAGGUCGAGGGGAGGGGCGUCGGCGUCGGUGGCGUCGUCGCACAUCAACUCUCUCGGAAGGGGGGCUAGUGGAGAUGGCGGGGGCGCAGGCGGCGGAACGAUGAAACGACCAUCUGCCCGGCUGCAGAACGAAGCAAAACACGUCUCUGACCAAAAGCGAGGUGUGACGACGUCGUACAAGAGCGAGGAGCUGUACAAGCAAUACCACAAGAUCUCCUUCUUCCUGGUGGUGAUGGGCGUCGUCAUCGGCCUCGGCUCUCACGGCAUCGACGAGGGCAUAGAACUUUUUGUGCACUUGGGCGAAGAGAUAAUGGAAAAGGGCGGGGCGUUGCUGGGCGGCAGCACCGGGGCGAAGUUUUUCUUCUUUUUGCUUUACGACAUCAUUCUCACGGGGAUCGCGGCGAUGUUGACGGCGUACUUUUCGCCGGGAGUGGAAGGGUCCGGCAUCCCGGCGAUGAAGUACAUGAUGGACACGGACGACCUGGCCAACAAGCUCCGGUCGUUUACCCUCGUCGCUGUCGUGGUCAAGGCGUGCGGUCUGAUGCUGGCGGCGGGCGGGGGGCUCAACGUCGGACGAGAAGGGCCGUACACACACCUGGGGGGCAUGGUGUCGUACCAGCUCAUACGGCGGGUCCCAUUUUUCAAUGACAUCUUGAAGAAGGAGACCGUCUUGCGUCAGGUGCUUGCGGCGUCGGUGGCGGUGGGGCUCUCCAGCACCUUCGCGGCAACGAUCGGGGGCGUGCUGUUCUCCAUAGAGAUCACGACGCUCUACUACGACGUGGGCAACUACUUCAAGGCCUUCGUGGCGGCCAUCUCCGGCACGGUGGCCGUCAGCGUCGUUCGCCACCUCGCCGACUUCCCGGAGUACAUCGAGAGGGAUUUCUCGAAGGACGAGUUCGAGGUGUGGCAGUACCCGGUGUUCGCGACGAUGGGGGUACUCUGCGGCUUGGUGGGGCCCCUGUACAUUAACUUCCGUCUCAACAUGCUUAAGCUGGGACGCAAGCUGGGGAAGCACUCGAUACGGGCAGUGCCUGCUCGACGAUGGGAGUACGUCAGGGCCGCAACCGCGGUAGCGUGCCUGGCGGCGACAAUGACGGCAGUGCUUUCUUUUUUCCCGGGUCGAUUCACGCGACUGACUCCCCUUACGACGUUUAAACACCUCCUGAGCAAGGGCGACCUGUCCAGCAUCUGGAGUUCGGGCUUCACAGACAACAUCUUCAUCGCCCUCCCUGUAUCUAUCGUGACGUGGAUAAUAACGGCGGCAAUGGGAACGAGCGUUACGGUCCCUUCGGGCGAUUUUAUUCAGACUACGGUGAUCGGCGCCACGGUGGGGCGUUUGAUUGGAGAAGUUCUGGCGGUCAACUUGAGCGAGUCUUGGGGUGUUGUCCCUUCGACGUUCGCCCUAGUUGGCGCCGCGGCUAUGAGCUGCGGAGCAACACAGACCAUCUCCGCCGCGGUGGUCAUCCUCGAGAUGACGGGGUCCUUUGACUUGGACAAGCCGGUUCUCCUGGCGGCCGUGGUGGCCUGCGGUUUCAGCCGAAAGUUCGGCCUCAACAUCUAUGACUCCGUCAUGAGGCUGAACGGGCUGGAGUCUCUGUACGGUCUGGACAUGCGUCGGAGUGAAGAGAUGACCGCGAAGGACAUCAUGGACUCCGAUCUUAAGGUCGUUCCAUGUCAGACGACGAUCGGGGAGCUGGUCCGGCUGCUAAGAGGCGGCGAAGGCGGGUUGAGUAUGUUCGAGUCCUACCCAGUCGUGACUGGCCUGGAGGGCAUGGCAUUCGUCGGCACCGUCUCCCGAAAAGACCUGGUGCACAUCGUCCUGACCGGAGGUUCGGAAACGUGCUGCGACUCGGACGCCUACUUCGAUUACGUCAUCGACAAGCUCCCCAAGAAGGACGUGUCCGCCUCGUGGGAUCGCCUGGGGGAAGGGCUGCACAGCAAGGACAAGACCAACCUCUUCGCGCGCCUCCCCGACCACGUAAAACAGGCCGUCGAGGGAGCCCCCGCGGCCAACACCGUGCGCGCGUUGAGGCUGCUGGGCGACAAGAUCGGUAACAUGGCGUCGGACUUGUCCUUCAUUCGCGGGGGCGGAUCGACCCUCGGGAGACGGUCGGGUCGGAACUCGGGGUCCGUGACGCGGAGCAAUCGCGACACCGGGGACAGGAGGGAGGCCACUAGCUCGCGGAUGACCCUCAACACGCUGUUGGAGGCCAACUGGGAUCCGGAUAGACUGGACGACCCCUUCGGCGGCCGGCCGGUAGAUCUCACCGCUAUUGCCCAGAGAGCGACGGGUGACAUACAGAUCGACCGGUCUGUGUGGAAGGCCCACGAGAACAUGCCUCUCAAGAACGUCUACCUCCUCUUCGCGAACCUGCGGUGCAUCCGCCUGUUCAUCAUCUCCGGCGACAGGCUAACGGGCAUCAUCUCUCGCUCCAUCCUUUUCAACGCGAUGUCCAAGAGGGAGGGAUUGCUGUCGCUCAUCGACACCGGCAGGAGCAUACCGGACAAGGACAGGGGUCGCGCUCGAGCCUCCCGUUCGGUGUCGGCUAGGAAGAAGAAGCACUGGGUGGACGUUUUCUUUGGGGAGAGGUCUAGGAGAGGCCCUCACCAGGUUUUCUGA